AUGGAUCGCAAAAAAAAAGUUGUGAUGAAGGAGCUUCAGAAACCAGCUCGCCGUAACUAUCCACGUCAAAAGUAUAAUAUACGAGGAUUGGAUGAAACAUGGCAAGCUGAUCUCACUAAAAGGAUACCUUAUGCUACAGAAAAUAAAGGACACGUUUGUCAAUUAGAUCUCAAUGAAAUAAAAACGCAAGAAACUUUUUUUCGAGAAUCUUCAAAUCCAAGUACAGUCAAGCGUAAAGCUCGUGAAAGCUUAAGCACUAUAGUGACAUCCUCAGAUGAUUGUUCACAAAGUAGUUUUGAUCAAGAUUUCAGAAUGGAAAAUGAAAUGCUUGACAAUGAAAAAAAUUUAAGUCUUGCUCAAGUGCCCAACUUUGAGCCAUUGAAAAAGAUUGCUAUUAGGAAAAAACCUUCAUCUUGCAAAUCAACAAAAAAAUCUUUGAUUGUAAAAGCUUCAAAACCAAAAAAUAAGAUCAAAUCUUAUGUUGACCAAAUCACUGAAGACAAAGCUAAUAAAAUCAAUGAAUGCUUACUUAAGUAUAUGAUAGCAAAUAAUAUUGAUUUUAACUCCGUAAAGUCCAAAUAUAUCUCUAAGCUCAUACAAUAUUUAAGACCUGCAUACCCACAGUUUUUACCAGACACAAAUUUGUUGCAAAAUCAAAUUUUUGACAACGCUUAUCAAGAACACGACUGUGCGUAA